GUUAAUUUCAUUCCAAUAACAGAAGGGUGUGGUUGUUACUUGUUACCAUUUUAUUCAUAAUGGGUUUCGAAAAUGGCGUAGUUACUUUAAAUCAUGCUUCUCAUACAUAUUUUUCGGGCCAGACUAUUAAUGGACACCUCUCAUUCUUCUUGGAAAACAGUAAAGUUAUCCAUGGGAUUUAUGUGGAGGUGAAGGGUUGGCGCAAAGUUAAUGGGACUACGGAGCGUCGGUGUUGGUUGUUCCCUCGUUUAGCUUAUACGGUAGAUCAUAUCUCUUACGAGGUGUGCCUUAGAAGAACGACAUUUGUAUGCGGUGGUGUAACUGGGAACUACUUUCUCCGGGCAGGUCGACAUGAGUUCAAGUUCGACUGCCCUAUCCCUGUUGACUCUCCAUCUUCGUUCGAAAGGAAGCAUGAGCACAUCAGAUAUUGCUUCAAUAUAGUCAUGCUUACCACUGGGAUGUUUUCUUCUGAUAAAAAGAUACUUGUUCCUUUCCGAGUUCUUUCCAGCAAGCAACAAAAAAAGCCGAUAGAAUUUCAACUGGAUGACGACUGGGCUGUUUGCGUGGCAUUCUCGCAAAUACCGGUGAAGCUUGCAACAGGGGACUGCGGUGUUGGGCGAGUUCUAAACCUAGAAGUCAUCUGCAAGAAUAAAGACGAAAGCAAUACCAAAACAGUGGUACCCAUGAAACAGCCAGUGGCCUCAGAAGCCACACAAUCCAUCGAUUCUGAUCCCCCAACCUGCAAGACAGAGAGCAAUGAAGCAGAGAUCAAUAAAACUCCCACUCUAGCUGGGAAGAAGUGCAACUGGAACUUGGAUUUUCAGAUAUUUAAGAAAAAAGGCGGUCGCCAGACCAAGCCUCUCGCAAUUGGAAGUAUCCCUUUGGCUGGAUUACCAUCUAAUAAGCUGGUCCCAAUUUGCGGUCCUACAGAUGGAACUAAUGAUUUCCCUCCUGUUGUAAUAAAUCAACCUCUGUCGAUCAAUUCUCCCUACUCUGGUGGUAACCCAGGAUUUUCUUCGAAUGAGAACACCUCAAUGAUUAAUGUUCCGAUGAGGGAAUCCAGUCCUACGGGACCUCCGCCAUCGUACUGGUGUUCAGUAUCCAAGCCUGUGUCUGGCGCUGGCGACGUGGAUGAACAUAAAGAAAAAAACCCGACUGAUCCUAUCCCGGAAGCACCAACAAAUCAUCAACCUUAAAACUCACAUUGUGAGUAGAAGAACAGUGAGAAGAGAAUAAAGAAAACUUAUAAAUCCUU